AUGGCGAUGGUGAUGACUGGCCGUGUGCUGCUGGUGUGUGCCCUCUGCGUGCUGUGGUGCGGUGCCGGCGGUGGCUACGCUGAGGGUGUCGAUGUUGCUUUUGGUGGUCCUGGAGCUUUCGGCGAAGGUGGAGGUGGGGCUGGUGGUCAAUCUCCUCCUGCAGAUGGGAGUCGUGGUGGCAGUAGAGGUUCAAAGGCCGAUGGUUCUCAUUUAGGUGAAAGUGACGCUUCGGAUUCUGCUUCCGAUGAUAUAUCAUUAGCUCCCUCUCCUGCUCUGGAUGUGGUUCCGACUCUCUCCGAGGAGCCUUUACCCCAGGAAGAAGAGGAAUCUGAAAGAAAACAGAAACACCCACAAACAGGGCCUCAAGUUGCAUCAACGCCUAAAGUGAGUGGAAGAGAGGCAAUUGAUCCUGAUUCGCAAAAACAGUUGCCCGAUAAAUCGAAAACGGAAAGUAUUACUAAUGUUGGUGGCGGUGAAACCGCAGACGGGGGAAAAGGGAAUAAUGCCCACAAUAGCGGGUUGUCCUCUAACAAAAGCGACCCCCCAGCACUGCUAGAAGCAAGAAUCACAAAAGUAUCACUACCAACAGAACCUUCACAACCACCAGCAGAUUUAUCACCGCCGCCACACGAACUGCCUACGGUACCAUCACCAACAGGGCUAGCACCAGCAAUGGCCAUUUCAGCAGGAGAAACAAACCCAACAGCAUCCACAGGCUCACAGAAUACAACAGAAACAACAAGCACGACGUCACCGUCAAACGCUAAAGCGGAGCGUGAAGCAACGGAAAAAACUUCAGGGAAUGUUGCGCCAAACCAAAACAGACACGACACGGACACACCAGGUUUGAUGAAGGGUACAACUACAAGUCGUCCGGCGGAAACAGCAGUGCCAUCUGUAUCUAAAAGUGGCAGUGAUGGAGCCCAGAACAAGGAGGGCAAGGUUGAUAACGGUGCACAACGGACUAACAGCAAAGAACCACAAGACGGGCCCGAAGACGGAAAUACCGACGAUGCUCCCACAGCAAAUGAAACUUCAUCACAAACAGCAACAACAGCCAUCACCACUCAAACAAAUGAUACGACGACGACUGGCGACAGUGACGGCAGCACCGCGGUCUCCCACACCACCUCCCCUCUUUUGCUUCUUCUUCUUUUUGCGUGUGCGGCGGCUGCCGCUAUGGUGGCCGCGUGA